UGUUGGCCGUGCAUGCUAUACGGCAUCAACGUGACGCCCUACUGACGUUACUAGGCAUCUAAGGUACACUACUUACUCUCCAAAGCAGAACACAUAGCACGCGCAUAGUACGGGCGCCCAGUGCCGUCCACCAUCUUUUCACUUUGGAGCUCGGGCAGGGAUACGCGGGCCCGCGAGUAAGAGUCGACGCCCCCAAGGCAUCGUAUCGUGUCCAGCGGCCAGAUGAAGAGGCGCAUGCUGUGGCCUCGGAUGGUCCCGUUCGCCUCACGUAGGACAGCAUUUCCCCCAUCUCGUGUCCACGAUCCCGUACCCCGCAUUCGAUCCGGCGGCCACGGGACCAGAUGGACUCGCGACCUAAUACUAGUUACGCCUGCCUUGCUUCCCGCUCCCUUUGAGCGGCAGCGGCAGCGGCAGCGGCCACGGCUGUCAACCCGCUUCCGAAGAAGCAUCGGCGCCAAGGACAGCCCUUCAGACCGCUCAAUGCGCAUAUCCGGUUUGGCUGGCAAGAAAACGCGACUGAUGGACGAUCGAUGGCAACGCACCAAAUCGGAGUUGAAUCCGCGCAUCGUCGCCUUAUUAGCCGUGCGAUCCUCUCCGAUGGAAAGAAGAGGAGGUCCAGCGACACCGCAACGCCGCCCUUCGAAUCCCGACGAUGAUGGCCCCGAACGGCAGGCUCCUACGCAAAACGUACGGGAGAGAAGAUGGGCGAUUCUCGUCUUUGUCGUGGUUCCGUCAUGAACCCCCUCUCCCCUUCCUCCCCGGGCGCCCAUUCGGAUAUGUCGGCGGCACCUUCUGUCGACAUCAGGGCAGUGCAAUCCCCAGAGUCAUAUUCCCGCAGAUGCCGCCGACAUGUCCCAGAAAUGAGACGAAAUACCUCUUUCAAAGGGCCGGUUUCGUGUGGGGUCUAGCUGCGAGGUUCGACGGGUUCUCCGACGGGUCGAGUCACGGACGUCAUGUCGUCACGAGUCACGACAUCCGCUCAUUGCUACGUAUACGUGGGGAGAUAACAUGACGCCGCGGGGCUCCUGUACCAAGCCGAGAUAGGCUGCCGUGUAGAUUGCCGAUGGCGCGUACGUGCAGUGUCCCUGUGGAGCAAAGGCUGCGCUCGUGUGACGUGCAGAACAGGCUGCGAGGAGGGUUGUCGACGUCGGGUCAAUGACUCUGCUCUGCU